GGGCGCGUCUCAUAAGAAGGCAAGCGCAACCCGGAAAUGACGCUCUUACCUCGCGCCGGCGGCGAGAGAGUUCGAAGAUGGCGACGCGCAAGGGUCGGCGGCGCACGUGUGAAACCGGGGAACCUAUGGAGGCCGAGUCCCACGACGCAGGGUCCGAGGGCAGGGCUCAGGUCUACCUGCCCGGCCGGGGACCGCCGCUGCGGGAAGGAGAGGAGCUGGUCAUGGACGAGGAAGCCUACGUGCUGUACCACCGAGCACAGACUGGCUCCCCCUGUCUCAGCUUCGACAUAGUCCGAGAUAACCUGGGAGACAAUCGGACUGAGCUUCCUCUUACACUUUACCUGUGUGCUGGAACCCAAGCGGAGAGCGCCCAAAGCAACAGAUUGAUGGUGCUUCGGAUGCAUAAUCUGCAUGGGACGAAGCCUCCACCAUCUGAGGGCAGUGAUGAAGAGGACGAGGAGGAGGACGAUGAAGAGGAUGAAGAAGAGAGGAAGCCUCAGCUGGAGCUGGCUAUGGUGCCCCAUUAUGGCGGCAUCAACAGAGUUCGGGUGUCAUGGCUGGGUGAGGAGCCUGUGGCCGGGGUCUGGUCAGAGAAGGGCCAGGUGGAGGUGUUUGCACUGCGGCGGCUUCUGCAGGUGGUGGAUGACCCCCAGGCCAUGGCGACUUUCCUCCGGGAUGAGCAGGCCCGCGUGAAGCCCAUCUUUGCCUUCUCUGGCCACAUGGGCGAGGGCUUUGCCCUCGACUGGUCCCCUCGAGUUCCCGGGCGCCUGCUGACAGGUGACUGUCAGAAGAACAUCCACCUCUGGACGCCUACAGACGGUGGCUCCUGGCACGUGGACCAGCGACCAUUUGUGGGCCACACGCGCUCCGUGGAGGACCUGCAGUGGUCCCCGACCGAGGACACAGUGUUUGCCUCCUGCUCAGCUGAUGCCUCCAUUCGCAUCUGGGACAUUCGGGCAGCACCCAGCAAGGCCUGCAUGCUCACCACCGCCACUGCCCACGACGGGGACGCCAAUGUCAUCAGCUGGAGCCGCCGGGAGCCCUUCCUGCUCAGCGGUGGGGAUGACGGAGCCCUCAAGGUCUGGGACCUGCGGCAGUUCAAGUCUGGCUCCCCGGUGGCCACCUUCAAGCAGCACGUGGCCCCCGUGACCUCUGUCGAGUGGCACCCCCAGGACAGUGGGGUCUUUGCGGCCUCGGGCGCAGACAACCAGAUCACGCAGUGGGACCUGGCAGUGGAGCGGGACCCCGAGGCGGGCGACACGGAGACUGACGCCGGGCUGGCGGACCUGCCGCAGCAGCUGCUGUUCGUGCACCAGGGCGAAACAGACCUGAAGGAGCUGCACUGGCACCCGCAGUGCCCAGGGGUGCUGGUCAGCACUGCGCUCUCGGGCUUCACCGUCUUCCGCACCAUCAGUGUCUGAGGCUGGCCCAGCGUUGUACGGCCUGGCCUUCCACUUGGGAACUGGAGCUGAAGUUCAUUCCCCUGAAAGGGACUCAUUCAGACCUGUUGGCCCGCCCCUUCCUGCGAGGACGCAGUCUGGCCCUUUGGCCGCCAUGAUGGACUCUGCCUGACUUAGUUUUCUUUGAAAGGACUUGGUUUGGUCUGGUGGCCCCUCUUGCCAAAGGAUGUGGUUUGACCCAUGGCUCUCAAAAGCUAGGACUUGGUUUGCUCCAAGGAUUCCUCCAACCAAAGGCCUUGGUUUGAGCUGUGCCUUAUAAAACCCCUGGGUUUGGCUCCAGUGACCACCUGUCA